GCAGGACUAAUGAGGCUGCCUUAAUGACAGCAUUUUCUGUAUGUUUACAUAAGUGUUCUUAGUUCAUGGAAGUAACCCCUCCUAGGAAGAACCAUGGGAACUCAUUGAAGCUGAUCCUAUCUGCUUGUACCUCAGGGGAUCUGAGAGGGAAUUUGUGAAGGAACAUUUCCUUUAAGUAAAAGAGACCAACUGAGUAAGCUGAAGCAAGAAGGAUGUCUUCGAUCUUUAGGAGACCCACACUGACCAGGCUGCUUUUCAUCAAAACUGUUCAGCAAAACCAAAGGUUAACCAUCUACAGCAAGCCGCCCAAGGAAAAGAUCGGCCCAGUGCAGUCCGUCUUUGCCCUGUGUGUGUUUGCUAUCACUCUCCUGGCCCCGGCUGGAUGGAUUCUGCAUCAUGUCCCAGAAUACCGGGAAAGAUCAACUCCACAUCUCUGACAUCUGGAAGAGGCUUCGCAUUCAAAUAAACAUCUAAUUGUGCUUCUGCACAGCUGCUUCUCAGGCAAAGAAAAGAAAACGUUCCUGCUUAAACAGGCUUUCUGUUGCAUGUUCAUUUUUAUUGUGUUAUUUUAUGUUUUCUAUUGGCUAUUGUGACAAUUAUGUUAAUAGUUAUUUUACUGGUUUUCUAUGCAGCGCUUUGUGACAGUUCUGUUUGUGAAAGGAGCUCAACAAAUAAGCUUUACUUACUUAUUUACAAAGAUUGAGAUGGAAGUUUGAUACAGUCUGAUUAUGGAAAUUUUGUGCUGUUUAAAACAGUCCUUUGACCUUUCUUUGUAUUCAGUUUUCUGUUUUAUUUUGCAGAUUGCUUUUUAUUUCUUUGUGUAUGACCUGUGUAUUUGCUUUUUGUGCUUCCUUUGCCAGCUGUCCCUACCUAUGUAUACAAUAUGAUAUUUGUUUGGUAUAUGUUGUCAUUUUGCCAGCUUCCUGGUUCUCUGUGUGUGCAGUUAUUAAAUAUAUAUAUAAUCAACAUUUAUUAAGCCCACGUUUCUGUAUUAAAAAUGUGUAUUUUUUAUUAGUCCGAUGUUAUAUUCUAAUCUUAAAUGUUGUGUUUGCAUUAGCUGUAAGUGGAAAAUCAUCAUGAUUAACAAAAAUAAAAGCUUGAAUACAUCAGUCUGUGUCUAA